UCAACAUGGCGCAAAGAGGUUUCCUAUUGCUGAUAUUGUACGUACCUGUAGCUACUAUCAUUGCAACCCCAUUGGUUCCAACAGAAGAGUUCACGCACCACGCAUUUUUGGAUGAGUAUGGUUUCUAUAAAUUAUUUUGGAAGUUUAACCAAGAAAAGAUCACGUUCGAAGUUCACGUGAAAACAACUGGCUAUGUCGGAUUUGGGUUUUCCCCCAAUGGAGGUAUGCCCGGAUCGGACAUUGUCAUUGGAUGGAUGACUAACAACGGUAAAACGCAAUUUACGGAUCGACAUGCACUUCAUUACGGGGAGCCUCGAAUCGAUAUCAAACAAGACUAUACUUUAUUAUACGGGAGGGAAGAGGACGAGUACACCAUCUUGAAAUUUGAAAGAAAACUUGACACGUGUGACGAUGAACAGGAUCGGAUAAUAACGUCUGACACAAUGAGACUAAUUUGGGCAUAUCACCCUGGCAAACCAGAAGAUGGUCAGCCGUUGCCAUGGCAUGGUCGCGAGAAGCGAGGAGUACGAAGCAUGUAUCUUAUGUCAGUAUCACCCGAUUUGAUCCCUAGCUUAGAAGGAGAGAACGUCAAAAUCAUGGAGUUCCUAAAUGAGAAUGUGAGUGUUCCCUGGCAUCAAGAUACAACAUAUAACUGUAAAGGAUUCGCCAUUCCAAGAUUGAAUGGUAAACAUCAUAUAAUUAAGUACGAACCUAUUGUGCAACCAGGCAAUGAAGCAUUGGUACAUCACAUACUAGUUUACAUGUGUUAUGGAGAUUUGAAUGAUACACACCAUGGUAUUGAGGGCGAGUGCUAUUCGCCAAAUAUGCCACCUGAAUUGUAUGAAUGCGGCACAACCAUCAUGGCAUGGGCUAUUGGGGGAGGGCCAUUCUUUUUCCCUGAUGUGGCAGGAUUCUCGCUGGGAGAUGAUGGAGAUCCUACUUUUGUUAUGCUGGAGACGCAUUAUGACAACCCUGAAUACAAAAGCAGUAGCUUUCGUGGACAGUUCUGGUAUGAGGAUCUAUUAUACUCUAAACUAAGGGAAUUUGAUGCAACGAUGCUUACCGUUGGUCACCUCGUUCGACCCACUCAGGUGAUUCCACCAGGCAUGAGAAAAUUCACUACCAAGGCGUAUUGCUCCGGUAAUUGCACGCGUAAUACUUUGACUGAUUCUUCUACAAACGAAACAACCGACUUGCAUAUAUUUGCAGGAAACCUCCACAGCCAUUUAGCAGGGCGAUCCAUGCGCCUACGUCAUAUUAGAGAGGGCACGGAGCUUCCCAAUAUCAUCAAAGACGAGUAUUAUGAUUUCAACUAUCAGGAGCUAAAUCACCUGCCCACAGAAGUGAUUUUAAAAGCGGGUGAUAGUUUGAUGCUUGAGUGUGACUACGACACGAUGGAUAGAACCAGUCCCAUAUACGGCGGCCUUGGUACUUACGAUGAAAUGUGUCUUGCGUUUAUGUAUACCUAUCCAAGAUCUUCGUUAAAGAAAUGUUCAAGUACUCUAUUGGGUUCCAGCAUAGCUGAAGUAGUCAAUGUAGAAAUAGAUCGUGGCCUACUGUGGAGUGCAACACAAACGACCUAUACCAUUUGUGGGAACGUCACAGCAAAGAAAAAGAUAUUGUCAGCGUACACUGGGAACAAACUUUGCAAGACUGCUGAAUUGUCAGCUGCCCAGAACAUGAUGAUGGGCACUGCAGUGUCAACAUCCAACCAGGUGCCAGUACUGAAUGUGAAAGGAGUGCAUCCAUGA